CAAAGACGACUUCAAAAGAUGGCAGCUCCUUUGAAGGUGGUCAUAGUUGGUGCAGGACUAGGCGGGCUUGCUGCAGCUAUUGCUUGUCGACACGGAGACUUGGAGGUCACUAUCUUGGAACGGGCUGCCAAGAUUGGUAACGUCGGUGCUGGCAUUCAGAUACCUCCCAACAGUUCGAAGACUUUAAAACGGCUGGGCGUACUCUCGCAGAUUGAAGAAUCGGCGACUGCGUUGGAGUCUUUUGAUGUCAGGAGGUAUGCCGAUGGGUCGCUUCUUGUUCGCAAGCCCUUGGGAGAAACGUCGAUCAGGUUGUUUGGUGAGCAGUGGAGGGUUAUUCACCGGGAGGACUACCACGCCAUCUUGCUAAAUGAAGCCACGCGAUUAGGUGCUAAACUACAGCUCGAUGCUCAAGUUGAGAAGGUCAACGCCUCAGGAACUGAGUUGACCAUGAAAGACGGCUCGACUCUGCGGGCUGAUGUGGUCAUUGGAGCUGAUGGGCUUUGGUCGUCCUUGCGUGAGAGCAUCAUGAACAAACCAUCUCCGCCCACUGAAUAUGGGGAUCUUGCAUAUCGUGCCACUUUCAGCCGCUCACAGCUCGAAGCGCUGAACGACCCCAGUGUUGAAGAGAUGUGUGCCGAGAAGCGCGCUGUUCUGUGGCUAGGUCCGGACAAGCACUGCAUCUUUUACCCGAUUCGCGCAGGUAGUGCCUUCAAUCUGGUUCUGCUACGACCAGAUGAUCUUCCAACGGGUACAAGAACCGCUGAAGGGGACAUUUCAGAGAUGAGGGCGACGUUCGAUGAUUGGGAUCCGACGCUCAAGGCACUAAUAUCGUGCAUUCCUUCCGUACUCAAGUGGAAGUUGAUGCACCAUGAGGAGCUGGAGACGUGGGUCCAGGGCAACGCAGUACUGUUGGGCGACGCAUGCCAUCCGACGCUGCCAUAUCAAGCCCAAGGAGCAGCUAUGGCUGUAGAAGACGGCGCCGUUCUUGGAUACCUCCUCAGCGUAUAUCAGAGAGAUUUGCAAGCUGAAGACGGAAAGCUUCACGCCGAACCGAUAACGUCGGUACUCAAGCUCUACGAGAAAAUGCGUAAGAGACGGACUACUUUGAAUGUCGCAGGCGCAGACCAGAACAGGAUUUUCUACCACAUGCAUGAUGGACCAGAGCAGCAAGAACGUGACGCUGAAAUGGCUGGUUUUGAUUUCGAGAAGGGGAGGUCCUCUCACGGUUGGCUGGACUCGGAAUACAACAAGGACCUCCUGGGCUACGAUGCGGUUGAGGAUGCUGCUGCAGUUUACCGGCAAUGGCGUACACCUACGGCUUCGCAGGAUGCUCCAUUCGGGAAGACUGUUCAAGUGCGCUGAGGGGAGUACAGCGCGUCCAUACACGCAAGCUAAGACCAAUCAGACGUCGAUUGAGAGCGGAGACUGCGCUGCCAAGACGGCGCUUGCUGUGAGAAUACAGGCGGUUUGUGCUUCAUGAAGGUUUCUUGCAUGUAUCUGACCCGGAGUAGAUAGCCGCUCAGUCCACCAGGCG